AUGGCUUCUGUUCGCUUAGAUCAAAAUGGAGAGUGUGUUGAUAUCAUGUCAGUUGAGCAUUUACUUCCCUUAGACUCUUCUGAUGCAUGUGAUGACUUUGGAGAGCCAGAUAUCCUUCCUCGAAUUGGAGAUGAUUAUCAACUUGAAAUUCCACCGUCUAUUGAAAAAUCCCUCUAUAUUUCGUACACAAGGAACUCAACAAAUGCACAGAAUGGAGUUCAUUCCCACCACAACUUCUUUAUUGGGUUGCCCAUACCAGUAGUGUGGAUCAAUCCUGGAGGCGGGUGCAUGAGGCAAGACACAUGGGAAGAACUAAAAAUUGCUUCAAAUUUCAGCUCUUCAGAAGUUAAUAGUAUCAAGGAAUCAGAAAAUUUACCAACGGAAGACAAAUUCCACCAAUCCUGUGAUCGAGGCUACUUUUUAGUUCUUGAAUUACCUAGUGAUUUUUGGAGUGAUAUCGAGAAGGAUAGCUUCCUUCUUGGUUUGUACAUCUUUGAGAAGAACUUUGUUCAGCUCAGGCAAUUCAUUGAAAGUAAAGAGAUCGGUGCUAUAUUAUCAUUUUAUUAUGGGAAAUUUUAUGGUUCCGAGAACUAUCGUAGAUGGUCAGAAGGCCGAAAGGUGAGAAACAAGAGGUAUGUACAUGGGCAAAAGAUCUUUUCUGGUUUGAGGCAAGAGGAAUUAAUAUCUCGCAUCCUUCCUAGCAUGUCAGAAGAAUGUCAAAAUGCUCUAGUGGAGGUCUCGAAGUCAUUUGGGGAGGGGAAAUUGUCACUACAAGACUACGUAUCCUCUUUGAAGGCCGUGGUUGGGAUAAAAGUUCUUAUAGAAGCAUUUGCCAUUGGUAAAGGAAAGCAAGAUCUCACGAGAAUGGCCUUGGAAACUUCAAGGUCCAAUCAAGUUGUUGCUAUGCGCCCUGAGAUACCAACUGGCCGAGCAUGGUCGUCCCUUACGGCCAGUGAAGUUAUCAAGUUUCUAACAGGAGAUUACCGAUUGAGCAAAGCUCGCUCAAACGAUCUAUUCUGGGAAGCAGUUUGGCCUCGUUUACUAGCAAGAGGUUGGCAUUCGGAGCAACCUAAAGAUCAGAGCUUUAUUGCUGGUUUGAAGCAUGGUUUGGUUUUCCUAAUUCCUGGUGUCAGAAAAUUCUCUAGAAGGAAACUAGUGAAAGGAGACCACUAUUUUGAUUCAGUGAGUGAUGUCUUGAGCAAAAUUGCCAAAGAACCUGAACUUCUUGAGAUUGAAGCAGAAGAAGAUCAUGAUCUGCCUACAAUUCAACGUCAUUGUUAUCUUCAACCUCAAACUCCGAAUCGCAAUAGUGAUAUUAUGAAAUUUGCGGUUGUAGAUACUAGUCUCACUGAUGGGAAACCUUAUAAAUUGAAAGAAUUGAGAAGCCUGCCAUUUGAAAUUUCCAGCAUGUUGACUUCGCGAAAUUGUUCCAAAGUUAGUGAGGAAAGUACUGACGAGACUACUGAUGAAUCUGACAGUGUCAAUACCAUGCAUGUUGAUUCUGGAGAGACAGAUAAUGCCAGUAUCCAGACAACUAAAUUCAAUGGGGAAAUGCUUCCUGGUAGGAAAGAUCUCGAUGCUAAUGCCCCAUACCAAGAUAUUCAUUCCAUUAGUCCUGAUGUUGAUAACAUGCUCUUGAGUAGCUUGAAGAAUAAAAAAUAUUUACACUUGGACAAGCGAUCAAGGAAGGUGGUAAACUCCCGUUUGUGCCGGAAGCAGAAACAAGAAAAUGUAGACAUUAUUGCUCCCAUCACGAAACGGCAUAGGGAACUAACUGCUUGUAGUUGUGAGGAAACAAGAAAUGGUUUGAUUCAUUCCUCGAGGGUUCCGGGGUCAGAAAAUAAGAUUUCUAGUUGCUUCUCAGGCAUUCAUGAACUUUCUGAGUAUACAUCGAUUGAAGUUGGUUCUUCUCAUGAUAAAUGGUCAUCCACCAUUUCCCCGAAAGGUAGUCCCAUUGGUAGCGUUGAGUGUACUCCUAACAGAAAUGUUGAUGCAGCAGAAGCCCCUCUAGAGAACCCUCAAACUCAGAUAUCGAUUGACCUUAAUUUUCCUCAAGUUCCCCCGGACUUGGAGAAUGGUUUCUUAGCAACAGAAUCACAAAAUUCCUCUGCUACUGAGGCUAGUUACAAGCAGAAGCCUAACAUGAAUAUGCGAAGGCAUAGCACUAGGAACCGGCCUCCAACUAUCAGAGCACUUGAAGCUUUGGCAAAUGGUUUUCUAACCGCAAAUCGGCGGAGAAGUAAAAGUUCCAGUAGUUAA